AGAGAUGCAGAUAGAUAUUUGAGCCUAUUUGAUGAACAGUUAUACUCAUUUACGGGUUUCACCAUGUUGGCCAGGAUGGUCUUGAACUCCUGACCUCGUGAUCCACCCACGUUGGCCUCCCUAAGUGCUGGGAUUACAGGUUUCCACCAUACACAUUACCCAGACGAUAAAUGGAGGUGGGAGUUUUAGUAACUAUUCCUCCUCCAUUCCAUCGACUCCCAGCACCAGCCAGGAGGACCUUCAGAUCAAUGUUCCUCCCACUGCCAACACACCCACGCCCGUUCGCAAGCAGUCCAAGCACUGGUCCAAGCUGUUUACAUCUGAGAAAGGGAGUGACCCAGACAAAAAGAAGAAAGCCCCGGAGAGUCAUGCUGACACCAUCGGGAGCGGCAGAGACAUCCCCAUUAAACAGGGCAUGCUCUUAAAGCUAAGUGGGAAAUGGCUGAAGAAAUGGAAAAAGAAAUAUGUCACCCUCUGUGACAAUGGCGUGCUCACCUAUUAUUCAAGCUUAGGUGAUUACCUGAAGAACAUUCAUAAAAAAGAGAUUGACCUUUGGACAUCUACCAUCAAAGUCCCAGGAAAGAGGCCACCCCUAGCCACAUUGGCCUGCACGCCUAUCUCCAGCUCUAAAAGCAAUGGCCUAUUCAAGGACAUGAACAGUCUACCUAUCUCAGCCAAUUCAGACACCGGGCUGGGUGACUCCAUAUGCUCCAGCUCCAAUAUCUCCAGCACCACCAGACCCAAGCUCAAUCUGCCCCACUCUCCUCAUGCCAACAAAAAGAAACACCGAAGGAAGAAAAGCACCAACAGCUUGAAAGACGAUGGCCUGUCCAGCACUUCUGAAGAACAAGAAGAAAACUUUAUCAUUGUGUCCCUCACUGGCCAAACGUGGCACUUUGAAGCCACAACGUAUGAGGAGCGGGAUGCCUGGGUCCAAGCCAUCGAGAGCCAGAUCCUGGCCAGCCUGCAGUCAUGCGAGAGCAGCAAAAGCAAGUUCCGGCUGAUGAGCCAGAGCGAGGCCAUGGCCCUGCAGUCCAUCCGAAACAUGUGUGGGAACUCCCACUGUGUGGACUGCGAGACCCAGAAUCCUAACUGGGCCAGUUUGAACUUGGGAGUCCUCAUGUGUAUUGAAUGCUCAGGGAUCCACCGUAAUCGCACCCACCUUUCCCGAGUCCGAUCUCUGGACUUGGAUGACUGGCCAGUCGAGCUCAUGCAGGUUUUGUCAUCUAUUGGCAAUGAGCUAGCCAACAGCAUCUGGGAAGAGAGCACGGGGCAGACGAAACCCUCAGUAGAUUCCACAAGGGAAGAGAAGGAAUGGUGGAUCCGUGCCAAAUAUGAACAGAAGCUCUUCCUGGCUCCAUUACCCUCCACGGAGCUGUCCCUGGGCCAGCACCUGCUGCAGGCCACCGCUGAUGAGGACCUGUGGCCAGCCCUCCUGCUGCUGGCACAUGGCUCCCGGGAGGUGAACGAGACCUGUGGGGAGGGAGACAGCUGCACGGCGCUCCAUCUGGCCUGCCGCAAGGGGAAUGUGGUCCUGGUGCACCUCCUGAUCUGGUACGGGGUGGAUGUCAUGGCUGGAGAUGCCCACGGGAACACAGCGCUGGCCUACGCCCGGCAGGCCUCCAGCCAGGAGUGCAUCAACCUACUGCUGCAGUACUGCUGCCCCGACGAGCACGUGUAGUAUCUGUUUAAUUUUAUUGGACUGCAGUCUCUUUGGUGCAAAAACAAAAUGGGAAAAAUAAAUAAGAAUAACUCAGAAAUUCAAAAAGAAAUCACAAAUUCAGCUAAUAAUAGCAUUUUGAGUACAUUUUGUAAAAUAAGUAAAUACACAAAAUGUUGGUUUUUCCGACUGUAAGAUAAAUUUUAUGUUCUUUUGCUUAGUGUGUGUGUUAGUCUCAGGCCC